CAGUUGUGUUUGUUUGUGUUUUAAUACAUUAUAAUAAUAUUGUCGUCUUUUGCAAAUCAAAUAAGCUACUUAAAAUAAUGAAUUUUGAUGUUUUAUUAUUGUAAGAUAAAGACUUAAUUUUUAACUUCAUUGGAGAGAUCUGUUAAUUUUAGUGAAGAAUUAUUUUACGUGCUGUUAAAGAUGGCUUCUGGUGUAAUAAAAAAACUUGAUGAAACUGUAGUUAACAGAAUUGCAGCUGGUGAAGUUGUUCAAAGACCAGCCAGUGCUCUGAAAGAAAUGAUUGAAAAUAGUUUAGAUGCUAAAGCAACGACUAUUCAAGUUGUUGUGAAAUCAGGAGGCAUAAAAAUGCUCCAGAUACAAGAUAAUGGUACAGGUAUUCAAAAAGAAGACUUGGAUAUUGUAUGUGAAAGAUUUACUACCAGCAAACUUGAAAAAUAUGAAGAUCUUUCAUCUAUCUGCACAUAUGGUUUUCGUGGAGAAGCAUUAGCAAGUAUAAGCCAUGUUGCACAUGUUACAAUAAUUACCAAAACUGGUAAUUCUAAAUGUGCAUAUAAAGUACAGUAUUCUGAUGGAAAACCUUUGUAUCCUCCUAAACCUUGCGCUGGAAACAAGGGUACUCAAAUUCUUGUUGAAGAUCUUUUUUAUAAUAUGAGUGUACGGAAAAAUGCAUUAAAGAAUGCUUCAGAAGAAUAUGGGAAGAUUGCUGAGGUUGUUAGUCGAUAUGCAAUCCAUAAUUCUGGUAUAUCAUUUUCUUUGAAAAAGUAUGGUGAGAGUACCAGUGAUGUUCAAACUCUUGCAAAUGCAACCACUCGAGAAAACAUCCGUAGCAUUUAUGGUGUUAACGUUGCCAGGGAACUUAUGGAUCUUGAAUUUGAGGAUUCUAAGUUACAAUUUAAAGCAAAAGGACUCGUAUUUAAUGCUAAUUAUUCUGUUAAGAAGUGUACAUUUCUUUUAUUUAUUAAUAAUCGUUUAGUGGAUAGCUCUGCUAUGAGAAAAGCUAUUGAAUCUGUAUAUUCUGCGUAUUUACCAAAAAAUAUGCAUCCAUUUAUAUACCUCAGUCUAGAAAUCGUUUCUCAGAAUGUGGAUGUAAAUGUUCAUCCUACAAAACAUGAAGUUCGUUUCCUAAAUGAAGCAGAAAUAUUUGAAAAAAUACAGCAGGCAGUUGAUUCUAAAUUAUUGGGUUCGAAUAUUUCUCGAUCUUUUUUGACUCAGACAUUGUUACCUGGUGUUCCAACUUCCUCAGAUGAAUCAGUGAAACAUUCACUUAAUGAAAGUGACUCUGCAAAGGAAAAGAAAGUGUAUGAUCAUCAACUUGUCAGGACAGACAGUAAAGAACAAAAAUUAGAUGCUUUUUUCAAAAUGCAAAAUGUCUCUUCUUCAUCAAGUGAAGUUGUGAUUAAUGAAGGGUCUGAAAAUUUGCCAGAACGAGUUGAAAUUCAGUUAACCAGUGUUCUUGAACUUCGUAACGAAAUUGAAAAACAGUGUCAUAGAGGUCUUCUUGAAAUUGUACAGAAUAUGAUAUUUGUUGGCUGUGUCAACCCAAAAUUCGCUCUUUUUCAGCACAAUACAAAACUUUAUUUAGCAAAUACUCAGAAAUUAAGUGAAGAACUCUUUUAUCAACUUAUGCUCAAAGAUUUUGGGAAUUUUGGAGUUUUCCGCUUUUCGAGUCCAGCUCCUAUAUCAGAACUAGCAAUAAUUGGCUUAAAUAGUGAAGAAAGUGGAUGGACAGUUGCAGAUGGUCCGAAAGAAGAUCUAGCCCAAUAUGUAGUUGAUCUACUGAAAUCUAAAGCUCCAAUGCUUGAUGAAUAUUUUUCUGUGGAAAUUGACGAGAAUGGUAAUUUAUUAACCCUGCCUAUGCUAUUGGAAAAUUAUCAUCCUCCUCUGGUUAACCUUCCUAGCCUGAUGUUACGUCUUGCUUCUGAUGUUGAAUGGUCUUCAGAAAAAGAAUGUUUUCAGUCUUUUUCUCGAGAAAUGGCUGCAUUCUAUGCUGUUCCAGAAACAGUGCAUGGGAAUCUGUCUGGUUUAUCAGAGGAUAGUAAUAAAAGUGAUCAGCCAUCAUGGAAAUGGACUAUAGAACACGUGAUUUAUCCUGCUAUAAAGAUGAAUUUAAAACCACCGAACUAUUUCUCAACUGAUACCAGUAUUUUACAGAUUGCUAAUCUUCCAGAUUUAUAUAAGGUUUUUGAAAGAUGCUAAAAAUAUCUGAAUUCUUUUUGUACAUUAUGUAAAAUAUCUCCUUAUGUAUUAUCAUUAUAUAUACUUCAUAAUAUGCAUUUAUUUUUGGAGCAUUGUGUAAAAUGCUUUAAUAAACACUAUAGUUAUUUA